UCCGUGGUCCGUCGGGGUCCAUUAUGUUUCAAACCAGGCUCUUCCCGUGACAGGAGCUUGUUUUGACGAUUGAGGCCUCCUCGCUGCUCGCGGCCUGCUUGGCCUUCAAAACGUCUGUUUCUGUCCACCCCCCUGCGAUUUGUUUCCCUCGUUGAAACCCGUGCGAAUCAUCCAUCCCAAUCACUCCGGAAGCCCGCAGGACGCACGAGGCUGGGCCCACCAGCGGGAGCGAUCCACGGCUUGUACGACAAGUUCCUGUCGAUCGCCGCCGUGGUCCCCGGCCAAUGACAGCCCAUCCUGCCCAGCUGUCGAGACCUGCUCGGAGGACCCCCUGACCCAUCCGCCAUGGCUCUCACGCCGCCCGAGUCGUCACGUCUCUCCGAGCUUCCCAUCGUCCUGCUCCCCGAUGCCGACACCGACAUCAUGGGUCCCGACCCCGCCCCCGGCUCGGAGCCCGAGCCGGACGUUGGUACUCGACCGGGGCCAGAGGAACCACCGCCGCCUCCCGCACCGCAACACCCGAUCCCGUCCAUGCAGCAAGCCUUUGCCGAGUCGCUGGCUGAGGCUACGCAGAGCCACGCCGCGGCGAAGCCUAAGUUACGUACCGGCGAUGCCAAAGCCAGGCGAGAGGAGUUACUCGACGGCGAGAGGUUGGACCCGCACCCGACCGCCCUGUGGCGCCGCCGGCCGGGCCAGAAGACCCAUGAGCUUUGCAGGCUACUGGCACAAAUCUCGUUCGGCGUGUACCUCCUCCUGAACGGCAUGGCCAACAGCCAGAUUCUGGUUGUCUCCAUCCUGCAGGGGCACAUCAACGAGGUGGACGAGUUCCUGGAGACGACGCUGGAAGACAUGGAUCUGGCCACCCGGGACAUGGAGGGCCGCAUCAAGCACUUGAAGCUGCCCAUGGAUAACAUAGACGUCUUCGAGCGGAUGCUGGAGGACCGAAACUUCCGCUUGCAGAUCCUAGAUGGCAACCAGAAAAUCGAGCACAUCUUGGCUCGCACGGAGGUUGCCCUGAAGCAGACGAUGAACGACAUCUCCGAGGGCCUCACGGCGACCAGGGAAUUCACCAUCUACCUGGCGGAGCAGCAGCACGGUGCCUGGCGGCGGGAGCGCCCCGAUGUGAUCGACAUCUUUGACGCCAUGAAGGGGAACACCGAUGGCUGGUUCAAUGCGUUCAUGGACUUGCAAGCGAAAGGGAGCUCUCUCAACGCUUUGAUGGUCAGGCUGGCCGACAUCGUUUCUGAAAUGGAGCGGAGGGCAGGCGAGGUGAGCCGCAAGACUCAGUCCAGUGUACAGCCCCACACGUCUCCUUCACAUAGCCCACAACCGUCAGAUGCAUCUUCGGUCACGACUCCGCCGGCGUCUCCACCGAGAAAGAUUCCGAGCUCGCCUCCGCGACUCUCGUUACGGCUGAGCACACUUAACACGGUCGACUUGUCGAUCGACAGCGACCCCCGACCAGUGGCGGCGCAAGACGCAGCGGCCGAGCAGCGAAGCGGAGAUGAGGCGACGCCGCGAUCCCCGCUUAUGGUGACUUCAAGGUCACCACCACCUCCCGAGUCACCACCCGAGUCGCCCUUCUCCAGUGAGCAGCCCCCGCAGUCGCCGCCUGCUCGUAAUCCCCGGCGGCUUUCCAAAAGACCAUCGGCGCUGCUAGAUCUGCCUAAGCUUGAAACUCCGCAAGAACGUGACGAGGAGGAGGACGAGGAGGGUACUCUGUAUAUUUUGCAACCUAGGACCUACACACCGCAACUGCCGUCACCACAGCCGUCGCCGCGCAUCGUUGACGAGCGGCCCCAGCCUCAGAUCGAUGCCCCGAAAUCCAGCGUGGGAUCUUCAGCAUCUUCAAUCGAAUCUGCGGCGCAACUGACGAUCGAACACGCGAAGCCCCGAGUCGAGCAGGUGUUUUCGAAGCAACAGGCGCAUCGGCCGAAAGUCGUCGAGAUUGGUGCGAAGACGAACGCGAAGGCGACUCCACGGCUGAGCCAACCGCCUAAUUUCGAGCCGACGUCCGGGCCGGACCCGGCCCAGGCCCCGGAGCUUGUCGUACCGCAAGACCCCGAGGUGGCGGGGAGACAAAGGAGUUCCCUCAGGCAACGCAUCUCACUGAAGACAACGCCCCCUGAAUCCAUCCAAGUCCUGCCCCACAAUGCUGUCGAUUCGCAACAGCCGUUACACGCAGUCCCUCGAGCUUACCAAGCGCCAGAUUCCGCUUAUGGGUCCGAUGUGGAGCGACCGCCGGAGAACUCGAUGGCUUCGAUGAACUCCUCGCUGCCGGAUUUCUCGCCUCCCUUCGUCCAUCCUGGAAUGAUUCCCUCGCCGCAUUCUGAAAAGCAGUUCUUCCGUCCAGUGCAGGCCAGUCCGUACUCGCCGCUGCAGCAGCGGCCGCACACGUCUGGCACCGUUGGUCCUCACCACUUCCCGCCACCACCGAGAAACAUUCCCUCGGCGAUGGGGAGGAGUAUGAUGAGCAGUGGGGCAUCAAUGACCAAUCAGACGGUCGGUGGAAAGUCGGUGAAGAAGAAGCGCAGCGCUUUCGGCUGGCUGAAGAAGGCCUUCUCCCUGGACGAAGAGGAGCGGGCUGCGUUCGAACGGAGGAAGACAGAGCAGCAGGUCAACCCGUAUUACGAAGCCCGGAGCCAGCAGUUUUUGGACGGCAAACGCAUUCGGCCGCGCCCGGCCUACUAGGAGGAGCUGGGCGGUCUUGUCGUACAGCGAACGUUCCUCCAACUCGAGGCACCGAAAAUAGGUCUCGGGAGGCUGACAUUGAACGUGCCAGCCCAUAAUACUCUGCGGGCCGUGCCGGUUGGGGUAUAAGGAAGGACUCAACCUCGGGCCCCAGAACCACUGCCGCGUACACCACAAACACAGGAACUCCUCGGCGGCAAUGCGCCCGGUUCCCUUGGAACCGGUGAUCACGAUACCCAUUCACGUACAUUUUUUGCUUUUGAUGUGCCGCGGAUUGCAUAUCCGGCAUAUGAAGAACGCUUCAUCUCAAGCGAUCAUCUAGACUUCCGCUAGUUGUCUCUCUUUUGGCCGCAUCAGGCUUGGUUGUUGGCAUCAUCACCAUACACAUCACCAUACAGCGGCGGGCACAUCUCGGGGCGGAUUCACGUAUCUGUAAUAUAAUAAUAGUCGGUGGAAAUCCAGUGCCAGGGCGUUGAAUGUUGUGGGGAGUUGGUCACCAUUCGCUUUCUCUCACACUCACCACUGUGCUGUACUGACAUUGCAGUAUGGAAUACUCCGUACAGGAUAAUUAACGUUACGCAGCGUUAGUUACCUUUCUUACGUUCCGUGCCGC